AUGGCUUCACAUGCUUCCCUGUCACCGGCAUUUGUCGAUAAAAUCGACCCUUUCAAGAAGGGCUCACUCAAAAGAAAGCAAAAGAAAUCGCAAGGCUCCUCACGUUAUCGAAUCAAUAACGACGUUGAGCUGCAAUCGCUACCUCUGCUUAAAGAUGUCAGCCAAGGAGAGCAGGAGAACUUGUUCAUUCGUAAGCUGAGACAGUGCUGCGUGCCGUUUGACUUCAUGGACCCCGUUGCCGAUCUGAAAGGCAAAGAGAUUAAACGUGCAACGUUAAAUGAGCUUGUCGACUACAUCAGCGCAGGUCGCGGCGUACUCACCGAACCAGUCUACUCUGAGAUAAUUAAAAUGAUAUCCUGUAAUCUAUUUCGAACGCUACCACCAAGUGAAAAUCCCGACUUUGACCCCGAAGAAGAUGACCCCACACUCGAAGCAGCUUGGCCGCAUUUGCAACUCGUCUACGAGUUUGUCUUGCGCUUCUUUGAAUCACCUGACUUUCAGCCGGCCAUCGGAAAGAAAGUGAUUGAUCAAAAGUUUGUCCUCCAGCUUUUGGAAUUGUUUGACAGUGAAGAUCCGCGGGAAAGAGACUUUUUAAAAACCGUUCUACAUCGAAUAUACGGCAAAUUUCUCGGACUACGGGCUUUUAUUCGCAAGCAAAUAAACAACAUAUUUCUAAGGUUCAUCUACGAAACGGAACAUUUCAACGGAGUCGGAGAACUGCUUGAAAUUCUUGGAAGCAUUAUCAAUGGCUUUGCUUUACCUCUCAAAGUGGAACACAAGCAGUUCUUGAUCAAAGUUCUCAUUCCUUUACAUAAACCCAAAUGUUUAGGACUCUACCAUGCUCAAUUGGCAUACUGUGUAGUGCAAUUUUUAGAAAAAGAUUCAACACUAACCGAAAAUGUUAUCAACGGAUUACUCAAGUUUUGGCCCAAAACUUGCAGUCAAAAAGAAGUAAUGUUUCUGGGGGAGAUUGAAGAGAUUCUCGAUGUGAUAGACCCAGUUCAAUUCGACAAAAUACAAACACCCCUCUUCAAGCAAAUUGCCCGAUGUGUGUCAAGUCCGCACUUUCAAGUGGCGGAAAGAGCGUUGUUUUUCUGGAACAAUGAGUACAUACUAACUUUGAUUGAAGAAAACAGCGCGGUGAUAAUGCCAAUAAUGUUUCCAGCACUAUAUCGCAUCUCAAAAGAGCACUGGAACCAGACGAUAGUGGCACUUGUAUAUAACGUCCUCAAAACUUUUAUGGAAGUCAACUCGAAGCUGUUCGAUGAGCUUACCGCCUCAUACAAAGUGGAAAGACAAAAAGAAAAGAUGAAGGAGAAAGAACGAGACGAGCUAUGGAAGCGGCUGAUGCAACUGGAGAUUAAUCAGCAGCCGUCCAACAGCAGCAACAGCAGCGGCAACAGCAGCAAUUCGUCUGCGAACCAACCAAUCACCAAUAGCACCUUUCCGCCGACCUCCUUGCCAUACUCAUCCUCAUCCAACACCGCAUUAUCUAAUUCGAGUCAUAUGCAAACUGCUUAA